AUGCCUCGCCGAGCACGGGAGGAAGUCUCUGUGCUGCGGAGGGCCGCAAAGCACGGAGCCAUGGCCAAUGCACCGAUGCCUUCUGCCAUUCUGUAUUCGGCGCUUGGCAAUCCGAAGGACGGCUUUCCAGGCUACUGCGCUUCUCAUCCGCCAGACUGGACCGGAACCCAAUGCAAGUCCUGGCCGGGUCGUCAUCCCGAGGUCUAUGGCCCUUUUCGGAUGGGCCGACUUCGUGCCGAGCGGCUUAGCGACGGUCGUGGGCGGGGCUUGGCCUCUGGUGCUGAUGUCGAGGCGCAGGAGGCCGUCUGCGCGGGACAGCCUCCGCUCUCCAUCCUCCAGUACAGCGACUCCCAGAGUCUCUGCGAGGUCUGUGCCCACUGCCACCGUUUCUGCGGAAGCCUGGCAACUGCGCUCCGGCGCUGCCUGGAAGCAGCCAAGGCAGGGACUUUGGAGGACCAUCUGCCGGAUCCCCAGCUCAUCGCUGAUUUGGAAGGCCCUGAGUGGCAGAUCCGGGGGCGAGUGCCCUGUGAGAAUGGCUGCGGGGCUGUUUUCUGCAGCGAGGAGUGUGCAGAGGCAGGUCGGCGUGAAGGCUGGCACCGGAUACUCUGCGUGGACCUGACGGAAAAGCAGCGGCAGGUCUGGAAGUGCUUCCAGCAGUACUCCGUGAAGUACCAUGAGCAAUUCAUUGCCGCUGCCAGAGUCAUCGCCGAAAUCAUCUCCCUGGUGAAAUAUUCUGGUGUGGAGCUGUGGGAGGCCAUGGCUUACUUUAGCCGCUUCAUGAAGAUGUCCUGGCUGAACAUGCAGAACGUGCCUUCCAUGUCUACCUGCCAGGCGGGGCCAAUGCGUGGCAAGUUGGCGGCCCUCGCGCAGGGAAGGAGGGAGCGACGGCAGCAGGUGGUUUUGGCUUCCUUGGAGCUCCUUGUGGCCAUUUUGUGGGAAGAGCAGUGGUCGGAGGUGUUGUCUCUGGACUUCUACUCCAACCUCAUCGGCCAAUUCUCCCUCUCAAACGUUUGGGUGCAAAUCGAGCAUCCCUUAAACGAGCAGUUUGAAGAGCGGUGCAGAAGCGAGGAAUUCCGGAGGUCCUACGGAGGUUUGAUCCAAGCUUGUCAGGAGGCUGUCCAGAAGGUCCGUGCCGCCAGCGAGGAGCCGGAUCAGAAGAACCCGGAGGAGACGGCCCCAAGCAGGAAAGACAGUGAGGAAGCAUUUUCUCUUCCCAGAUUUGAGGGUAGUGCACUGUACCCCUGCGUUGCCCUGUCGAACCAUUCAUGUCAGCCAAACUUUACCAUGCGCUACGCUGACGGCUGCUUUGCUGACAUGGUGGCCCUGCGAAAGAUCCGGAAAGGGGACGAGUUGAACCUUGCAUAUGUCUCUCCGUCCACACCGUUGCCGGAGCGCAUCAGCACGCUGUGGAGGAACUGGGGCUUCGUCUGCACUUGUCCUCGCUGCCAAGAGGAGAUGAUGCUCCGCACCAUGGAAGGGGACACGGCGAGCAAGGAGUCCACAGAGGCCACGGCCGGUUACCCGGGCGCCAACUUGGGAGUUCAGCUCUCGCCUGCAGGGCUCGCGGCAGCUUUGGCAGUGCGAAAGGCUCCCGCCGACACCGGUACUCUGUCCGAGACCGAGAGCAGCGACAGUGAAGGUGACACUGAGGGCGAAGACAGUGAGGAAGAGUCCUCCCAGUCAGUGACGAGCGAAGAAGAUGCGGGCGUCAGCCGGGCACGGAACGCUCCUUUUAGCGGUCCGUUUGGGGCCACUCAGGUCCCCCCGAGCGUGAAAGUGCUCGAAGCAGCCAUGCGCGACUUGGUUGCCGACAUCGCAGACCAGGAGGGUGGAAGCAAAACGAAGUGGUGUAGGCCAGCCAUACCUCCGCAGGCCGUCCUGUUCCAAGCGGCAAGCGAGGGCGCUCCCGGGAAGUUGAAGCGAGCGCUGAGGGACCGGGCCGACCCAAAUCUACGGGCGAUUUCACGUUGCGAGUGUGCCCUUCCAGUCGAUGGCUGCGUUUGCUUGGGUUACACGCCGCUGCAUUGUGCUGCCCAGGCAGGCUGCGAUGAAUGUGUAGCACUGCUGGUGCGUGAGGGGGCGGAAGUGUCGCUGCAAAGUGGGCGAAUCCGCUUCCGUAUCCAAACUGCCGACGGCCAGCUCUCCGAAGCUGUUGCUGAUGGCUUGACGCCGCUUCAUGUGGCUGUGGCCUGCGGCCAUGUCCAGGUUGCGAGGGUGCUACUCCAAUCUGGGGCAGACGUCCGCCAGGAGGCCAGAGAGCCGAGAAGGACGGCGAUCGGAAUUGCCGAGUGGGCUGGACAACGAUCUUUACUCGAGCUGUUACGCGAUGCUGCACAGGAGCAGGUAGAGGGCCGUGACCCUGAGCUACCAGGUGCGAAUGGGUCACUGAGCAACUACCUGAACAAGCUAUUUGGCGGUGAGAUGGCGACGGCACUGUACCACUUCGGACGCUCAGCCUUGCUUGGCGAAAAUGCAGAGGGGCCAUGGGUGCCGCAGGAGGCACGGCGAGGUGUCGUCAUCUCGACGCGCUGCCAGUGUGCUGUAUACUUGCUCUGCCUCUUGCUUGCUGCAGCCUCUUCAGCCGCGCGCUGGUGGUUGAUCAAUGUUUGGCUGCUCCCACUCCUAGUGGGGCAGCCAGCCUUGUGGGGUCACUUCAUUGCCCAGCACACAGCCACCGACCACGACAGAGAUGCAAGGCACACUGCUCGUGUUGUGCUUACGCACCCGGCAUACCAGUGGUUGUCCUGGAACAUGAACUACCAUGCAGUUCACCAUAUGGGAUAUCUUCAUGCUCACGCGACAGUGCUCCGAGCAGCCCUGGCAGUGGGUCAGAAGGCUGGCAGCCGAAGUGCCCCAAGCCCAGCCAGGCUGGCAAGCGGAUUCGUCCAUCUAGCCCUCCUGUCAGGGAGACUUCUGGGCAAACAGUGCCGUAGCGCUAGCCAAGAGCCGCUGGAGCGGAGAUCUCGGGCCAGUGUCUUUUUUCGCCUCAGUUCCGUCCUUCUUCGCAUCCGGGUCGAGGCCUGUCCCUUCGCCCCAUCCGUGCUCUGUCGCAUGUUUCCGUUCUCUUUGUUUCCAUCCAAUUGUGCACGCAUCCUUCCAGUUACUAUUACGAAGCUCGAUGGAUCGCAGGUAGGUUGUCGGAUCACCAGUACUAGGGCUACUAGGGUUUGGCUUAAGCUUGGUCGGGUGAGUCUAAGGCUGGCAGAUCUUGGGGUCUUUGAGAUUCUACAGCUCAGUGAGCGUUGUUUUCUGCAGAAGUCUUACAGAGUGAUGGUCGGCACAUUGGCUUCAAGCUUGAACCAGUGUUUUCCGCACAGCCUGAGCGCAGUCUCCCCAACUGCACGCCGUGAAGCUGCAGAAUCCAAAAGUUCUCCAUCUGCUUGGCGCAGUGGACGAAGUCCAGGAAAGGUAAGGAUACACAAGACACCCCAGAGAGUAAAGGCAGUUUGA